ACCUACUCGCUUUCGUUCUGCCGACAGACGCGUUGUUCCGUACAGUUUUUUUCGAGCAACACACGAGCAAGCUCGAAGCACAAAGACCUAGUUGUAACACUUGUUAAAUAGUAUCAACAAACACAAACUAAAAUGGCCGAUAAACCAAAACGCCCACUCUCCGCCUACAUGCUGUGGCUCAACAGUGCCCGCGAGUCGAUCAAACGGGAGAAUCCCGGCAUUAAAGUCACCGAGGUGGCCAAACGCGGUGGCGAAUUAUGGAGGGCAAUGAAGGACAAGUCGGAGUGGGAGGCCAAGGCUGCCAAGGCCAAGGACGAUUACGAUCGGGCUGUCAAGGAGUUCGAGGCCAACGGCGGCGGUGGCGGUGCUGCCAACGGUGGAGCCAAAAAGCGCGCGAAACCAGCGAAAAAACCAUCCAAGAAGAGCAAGAAGGAUGAGUCCGACGAGGACGAUGAUGAUGAGAGCGAGUAGACUGCUCACCCAACCUCUAUUAUCCAUCACCAAGUCACACACAACCAGCCAGAACCCACAAUACAAAAACACUGGUGGCAACACCACAUUCAGCAUCCAACAUCCACUAUCCCCCUUAAUACUACAGAAAGCCCAAUCUGUCAUCUCAUCAACAACAUCAACAAACAAGAUCUGUUGAGGUUGCAACUAAAAUUAUACAUACGAGAGAACAAAAAUACGCGAAAAUAAGCAAAUCUGUAUUUAUACAUAUGAAUUUAAGUUUAUAGUAGUCGUUUCUUUUAUAAUACCCAUAAACAAAGAGGACAGCCAACAGGAAAGGAGAAAAAGGAAAGAGAAGAAGGAUGUACGUUGAGGUGUUUAUUUUUUUUCGAUUCUGCGACGUUUCGCUAAGAUAAGCGAUGCGUUUGGGAAAUUGAAGAGAAAAUAUAUCUUGCAUAUAAAAUUUGUAAAGUAAACGAUAACAUAAUUCCAUUAAAAAUAAAAAAGAUACAAAAAUUGCUAGUUGUUCUCUCGGUAGUUGGAUGAAAUCGAUUCGAUUAUGAUCUGUACAUUUUAUGAUCGGGCUGGAGAAAGGGAAAAACAAUCUUUUCACAUACACAAACAAAACA